GCGCGUCAGCACGCGCACGGCGCUUCCCCCCGCCAUGGCGCCACUGCGCCUGCGCGGCGGCUGGCCCGAGAGGCCAAGCCCGCAGCGGCCAUAGAGCUUAGCUUCCGGGCGCGCAGAGCGGCGGGCGGCAGCUGCGGCCGCGCCAUGGCCUCUCGCGGGGGCCCCCGCGCCACCGGCACCGACGGCAGCGACUACCAGCACCGGGAGCGCGUGGCCUCGCACUACCAGAUGAGCGUGGCCCUCAAGGCCGAGAUCAAGAAGCUGAUCUACAUGCACGUGGGCAUCUGGCUGCUGCUGCUGGCCCAGAUGUGCGUGGGGCACCUCAAGCUGCUGCCGCACGACCAGGUGGCCAUGCCCUACCAGUGGGAGUACCCCUACCUGCUGAGCAUCCUGCCCUCCCUGCUGGGCCUCCUCUCCUUCCCCCGCAACAACAUCAGCUACCUGGUGCUCUCCAUGAUCAGCACCGGCCUCUUCUCCGUGGCGCCCCUCAUCUACGGCGCCAUGGAGAUGUUCCCCAUGGCGCAGCAGCUCUACCGCCACGGCAAGGCCUAUCGCUUCAUCUUCGGCUUCUCCGCCGUGUCCGUCAUGUACCUGGUGGUGGUGGUGGCCGCGCAGGUGCACGGCUGGCAGCUCUACUACAGCAAGAAGCUGCUGGACUCCUGGUUCACCAGCACGCAGGAGAAGAAGAAGAAAUGAGCGGGGCCGGGGCAGAGCGCGCACGCGUGCCGCUCCGGCCGCGGACCUGGGCGGAGGGGGCUGGAGCCCUGUGGCGCCCUGCCUGUCCUCGCCAGCCCUGCCACCUCCCUGGGGACGUGCGGGGGGUGGCGGGAGGGAAGGGGGGGCACUCGGGCUUGCUGGCCUUGCCCAGGCCGCAGAGCUGUGGGGCAUAAAGGAGGCAGCGCCCCGCGGCAGAGUGGGGGCUGCCCCCUCCGGCCCCUUUGGGGACCAGCGUGGCUCAGGGUCGCAGAAGGAAGCCUGCCGCCGCGGGGGGGUCGGUGCCGGUGCCCCCUCCCCGCUGCCACCCCCGGGCUCGCGUGUGUAGCGAUAUGGAAAUAAAGGAGCCGCGGGCCGAG